UUUUCAAACUUUAGUUAGUUGUUAUUAUGUCCAUCGAUAUAUAACAAACAUCGUGUUUGUAUAUCGAUGAUUAUGUCCAAGGAACAAUUUCAAAUGUUUAUCCCUCAAAACUAUUGCAGAUGUUGUGGAAUAGAGAAAUCAUCUGGCAUAGACUUAAAUGUCAUAAACAAUGAUAGAUCAGAUAAAUUAACAAAAGUUUUAUCUUUACUCCCCAAAAAGGUUAUAAAUAUUACAUCAAGCGACAAGCUAACAAAGUUUGUUUGUGUCGACUGUGAGAUGACUCUUCAUCACUUCGGUGACUUUUGUGAAAUGAUCAAGAAAGUUCAGAAAACACUCAAGUCUCGUCUCAAAUCAGCAGAGGUUGAUAAAAACAAUCAGGAGAAGCCACAAAAGAAGACAGACUGUCAUGUGACUGGUGUCUCGUCCACCACGUCUCCUGUAAUCAUCUCCAUCAGCAAGGAAGGUCAGUUAAGAUGCGAGGACUGCCACAGCUCCCUGGCCACUAGUCAACUGAUCACCCUUCAUAUGCUGACUCAUGGACUCGGGUCUGUGCUAUGCUCUUGUAAACACUGCGGUCACCGCGACGAGAUCGGAGCUUUCCUGCAGCACAACAAUGAGGUCAAAUGCCCUCGGUGUCCAUUUGCCACCUUUCAAGAAGACAACGUCGUAGCUGACUCGGAUAAAUCUUCGAAUGGGAGUCUCGUGUGUGAAGUGUGCAGUGCGAGGUUCCGUACCAAAUAUCGUCUUAACCGACACAAACUCAUUCAUGUGGGAGUGAAGCCUUUCUUGUGUGAGACUUGUGGUAUGAAGUUCAACCAGAAGAUAAGUUUGAAACUUCACAUAAUGAAGCACUCCAAAACGGCCCCUCAUACUUGUCAGUGGUGUGGUCAAUCUUUCCGGUUUAAAGUGUCGCUGCAAUCACAUUUUAUAAAUAUACACGGAAACACGUCGCAGUCGGGGACUAAGAUUGAAUGUGACCAAUGCCAGAAACAGUUUGCCACCUCAUACAAGCUGAGGAGACAUUACCGUCUACACACCGGGGAGAGACCUUAUUCCUGUCCGGUCUGCAACAAAGGUUUUUCACAAACCGGGAACUUGAAAAUCCAUUUGAAAAAACAUAAAGAGAACUCCGAUUCUUUCCCGGGGACUUUCAAUGCGGAGUUGUUGGAAAGUGAUCAGAUAUUAGACACUAUUUUGGAUUCUUGCCCACAAGGAAAACAGUUUUUGGAUUUGCCCUCUGAGGGGCAGCCUGGCUACAACUUGGUUGGAGGUGGGAAUGUGGACAAACAUAGUACAGCAGAUCUCUUUUCGGACUUUAACCCUCAAGAUGUCCUUUUCGAUAACACUCCUAUUCUCCCCCCACCCACCUCUAACACACCUAUAAUUCUACCAAAUUUCUCAAGCAUACAAGGUGGUACUUCGGACAUAAAUUUAUAAUAUAUCCAUUUUGUUUACUUUGAAAAUGGCCUUAGUAUCGAAACCUGGCUGAUAUAAUUUUACAUGAUUUUAUGCCAAAAAGGGUAUUCAGUUUAUUAAUGUUCAAUCUUUUAGUAGCAGUAGCCCUAUUACUCUAUUUUUCAAAUUUAUUAUCUAGGUUGGUUAUUUAACUUAAUAAUAGUUCUCAACCGAAUUUAGUAUUUUAAGAUUUAAAAUAUGUUCUACACUUAGGCCAAUUCCUUAUAUAUAUAUAAUAUAUACCUAUAUAUACAAAAAUGAAUGUGGAAUAAGUCUAGCCACAGAAAGUAUUUAGUGGUCUAAAAUUUGGAGUAGAGUUUCUGACAAGUAAAUAUCAGUCAUUGAGAUCUGUUGACAUGUUUGUAUCAAUAAUGUAUGAAUUUAGUCUUAAUGUUUUCCUAAAGGGUAUGAUUAUUUUACCCAUCCCGCUUUGUACCUUUGUAGCUUUGUGUUAUUUAGUGUAUAUUUGUAUUACAGUAAAAAUCAUAGGUACCGUAACUUAUUUCUAGUUUUUAUCACAA